CUAGUGUAAUUUGCCCGGCUCUAAAAACACACCUCUCGUUUUUUGUGAAGCAUCUCACCAGUCUCUGAUCUCAGUUCUUCAGGCGACUAAAUUUGUUAGUGAUUUUUGUUUCUUUUAUUGACACAAUGAUUGUCUCUCUAUUUUUUCACCUUGUUUGAUGAGAAUUUCAAUUUUCUAGGUUUUUAUUUUUUAUUUUUUUAUAUUGCUUUUCGUUUUCUUGUUGAUUAGAAUUAGUCUUGUUGAAUUAAUUGCGUAUAUGUAUACGUAUAAUCAAUGAUCGUGAGUUUGAUCAGGAACCCUAAGGUGAAAGUGCGAAGAUUCGUAAUUCAUGGGACUCGUAAUUCAAUUGCAACUCAGUGAUUGGUUUGAGUAACAUGCUUUUCUUGCAAAUCAAUAUUGAUAAAAUUUUGGGAUUUAGUGCUCCCAUUGACAAGUGCAAAGAGUCUGUUUGAUGCAAUUUUGUUCUUGUUUUCGUGAACACUCACUCACAAGGAAGAGAGCAUUGUUAGGAUAGGAUUACACUGAAUGAUCUUAUUUUUCUAUAUUGUUUUGAUAUUAUGCCAGUCUCUUCCAAUAAUUAUUGUUACUUAUCUUGACAUGGAUGUAAAGCGCAAUAUAGUGAUUUUAUGCCUGAAAUUGCAACCUCUAAUAUAAUAUGAAUGAAAGAUGAUAUUUGGGAUUUGGAACCUCUUCAAUAAAAGUCGUAAUUUGACUUUCGACAUAUGAUCUACGCUAUUGUUCUUGGCACCUCCAUUAGGAUGUGCUGCAGGUUGACACUUCGCGGGAGUGGGAACCUGAUACAAACAAUUUCUAGGUUUGAAGAAAUUUACGAAUAGAGGAAAGAGAGACUAAAAGUAUUGGCUGUUCUAAGAGUUUCAUAAGGGGAGAGAGAGAGAGGGAAAAUAAAGUUUCCUUCGUAGCAAUGGAUCGAAUUGAUGAAAUUUGUAAGGAACCAAUUGCAGCAGCUUGGCGGGCGAUGUAUGCGAUGACAUGCAUUAAAGACAGUGAUGUUCCUUGCCAAAUUGAAGAGGGUCUCUACCUAGGUUCUGUUGGAGCUACAGUUAACAAAACUGCAUUGAAAAGCUUGAAUGUUACUCACAUUUUAACUGUGGCCAAUUCAUUGGGACCGGCUCAUCCUAAUGACUUUGUAUACAAAGUAGUUACUGUCCCAGACAGAGCAGACAUAAAUAUAGCACAGUAUUUUGAUGAGUGUUUCAAUUUCAUCGAUGGAGCUAAAAGAAUGCAUGGUGGUGUGAUGGUUCAUUGUUUUGCUGGAAUAUCUAGAAGUGUGACUAUUGUUGUUGCUUAUCUAAUGAAAAAGCGUGGUAUGAGCCUUUCUGAAGCUUUGGAACAUGUGAGAAGUAAGCGACCUGUGGCAGCUCCAAACUCUGGUUUUAUGUCUCAGCUACAUGAAUUUGAGAAAUCUCUUCGAGAAUGCAGGAACGAAGAUUGGAAAGGCUUGUGGGGUAAAGCUCUAAGGCUAUUCGGUGUUGGCUUGUCAAAAAAAUUAAAUAGAACAAUGUUUACUAGAUGAAUUGGCAUAUGUUGAUGAUUUAGCAUAUGAAAUUGUCAAAGAGAUUCUUUUGAUGUUCAAUUCUUCAAAUUCUCAAUGGUUACAUGAAAAGGAGCAUUUCAGUACAUGAGACUGCUACUAAAGCUUAUAAUUGAAAAAUGAUAUACGAGCAGCAGACUGUUGAUUGACAUAUUACUCUAGCACUAAUCAAUCAGUGACAGUUUGAAAAAGCAAGGCUGUUUGGAAUUUGCAACUUAAUCUAAAUUUGAAAUGGCUCCAAAUUAGCUUUCA